GUGACCUCCCGGAGCAUGGGCCGCUUGUCGGCGACCCAGAGCGAGAUCUACCGAGAGAUCUUCAACGACGCCGCGGUCAGUUUGGUCACGGACAUUUUUGCGGAGUCCGUCACGCAAGCCGACGAGGAAACCAAAAGGAAGGCCAACCACGUGGCGGUGCAACGUGUCACAGCCGAUGUGAUAGAUCAACUCUUGGGACCUCAUGCGGUAGGCGGCUCAGAGAUUUCGGAUCACAUGGAGUGGCAAGAGCAGCUGGAGGAUUUGGUGUUGUUAAGCUUUGAUAGCUUAGACCACCAAACGUUGGACCACUCCAUUUUCGUGCAAGAGUUGCUGACGGUCUUCCGGGGAUUGGGCCUGGCAGAGAGGCAUGCCAACAGCUUGCAGAUUCAGAUCACUGGUCCCUCAGUCCUCGCAGAGAUCCUGGGGCCUUCUUCGGCACGAGCGCCAGUGGAACAGCUCCCAAUCCACUUGGUGGAGGUCAUGGGAUGCUAUGCACAGAAAGUGCCAUCGGCGCCACCCAGGUGGAAACCUGAAAAGAUUUAGAGUCUGCAGAUUUGCCGUCAAUCACAUAAUGUUAUAAUCUGAAA